AUGAGAAAACAACCAGUCCUCAUUAAGCCUAAAGCCAUGGACACUCUACAAGACUCACAAACUUCCACUACUGCCCAAGAGGCACCUCAAAAUUCCCAAUCAAAACCUUCCAAACCUCAGUCUGCAUCAUCCAAAUCAAAAGCUCGAUCUCAAAGCACAUCUGCAGCUGUCAAACCUUCAUCUAAAAAACCUAGCCAAGUUGUAAAACCAGCCUCAACUAUUAUCCCAGCUUCCCAUACUACGGCCUUACCUUCUCCAGCAAACUAUGAGUUUCAACAAGCGUCCCCAGCAAUCAAUACACACAGCUUCAUCCUGGAUCCCCUGGUUCUACCACCUCCAGCUUUAGAAAACGAAGUCAUUUAUAACAACAGCAACAACAACAACAACAAUAAUAAUAAUAACAAUAACAAUACCAAAGCGCCAUCGUUACCAUCAUCUGUCACAAAUACCCCAAGACUUGGCGAUGAAAUCUCUCCAUCGAUCCAACCCGUGAAACUACCACCACCACCCCACCGCAAGCGUACCAUUAUUCAUGUUACUCCCAAUACCAUUGAGAACUCGGGGUUUUCGGCUGCAAACUCAGGGAAAUCUCCAAGUCUUUCCUCCAGUGGAUCAAAGCGACGGCGACGUAAUAGUAGCGUUGUGUCUUCAGCCUCUGCCUUUGAUUCAAUUUCUUCCACUCCCAUGACUUCUCCUGCAUUGUCCCCACGCAGUAUGGCCAUCAAUAGCGAACGGUCAAGUGGAAGACAAUCACGCAAGGCAUCAACAAAAGAUAGUACUGGCAGUGGCACUGGUGCUGCUGUUAAUUCUUCUUCUUCUUCUUCUACAAAUGGAGAUGAAAACAAUUCACCGCCCACCCCACCCAUGCUGUCUGAUCAGGAACUCAAGAGACACGCCCGCCGGACAGCUCACUCAGAAAUUGAGCGUCGGAGGCGGUCAAAAAUGAACCAGGAGUUUGAUGCUCUAAAGCAGCUGGUUCCUGCGUGUCAGCAGUCCAUCACCUCUGCUGGCGGAGGUGGUAAUAAUAAUAAUUCUGGUAGCAACAACAAUUCUAGUAAUAAUAGUAAUGGAGCAAGCGUAGCAAAUGCUGCAAAUGGCGGUGGUGGUAGUUCAUCGCCAUCUGCAGCUGCAACUGGGCUCCACAAGCUUGUUAUUUUACAAGCUACUGUGGAGUAUGUGCGGUAUCUCAAACAAUGCGUGGAGACUCUAGAGACGAAAAACCACGAAAUGCAAUUUCAUUUAAUUCAGCUCCAGCAGCAAAUUGCCGGUGCCGGUGCCGGUGCCGGUGCCAAUGCCGGUGGAAAUGGGUCAAGCCCUACUAUUUCCAGUAACUUGCAAGAAGAGAGUGCACCAGCACAUGUGCAGCCACAACAGCCCGACGUUUAUCACCCAGAACUUCACCAGAUUCAACAGCAGCAGCAGCAACAACAGCAACAGCAACAACAGCAACAGCAACAACAGCAACAGCAACAACAGCAACAGCAAUCUGAAUAUAUAACAGAUAAAUCUGAGCUCCCUAGUCCCACGACAGCGGGUCCCAAUUCUUUGGGUUCUUCCGACCCGGACACCAGGGACACUUCUACUACUACUGCUACUGCUACUGCUACUGCUACCGCUACUACUACUAAUUCACCUGUAAACCCCGGUUCAAGUAAAAAUGGCCAUUCUUCUCCUGUUAUUUUGGACGCCGAUGCUGAAGCUGCUGCAGCGGCUGUUGCUGGGUUGACUAAACUACAUCGCUCAUCAUUUUCACAAUCGGAACGUAUAAUUCCUUCGCCGUCACUGGUGGCUACAGACCAAGAAGCGCUCACAAAGAUGCAUUCUACAAGUGGUUCACCUGUAACUGGGGCCUCGGCCACACGACAGGAUUUGGUUGUAUCUGCAACAACUACAGAAUCAACACCUACUGCGUCAACAUCAACUUCAACUUCAACUUCAACAUCAACAACUUCUUCAUCGACAACUUCAACGGCAAAUGCAAGCCAGACUUCAGAUUCUGUUAGUCGCAGUAGUAGUAGUCCGCCAUCCAGUAGUAUGGCAAGCCCAGCACCUGGGACCACUGCUGUUGUAGCACUUGUUCGCGACAAGACUCAGAGUCCUAGCAGCCAGCCACGUGCCACAGUUGAGCCGUCUCCACGGAUCCGCGUGUCUGAUUUGAUUUGCUGA